AUGAAGAUUGGCGACGCACAACGGCGUCCCAUCGCCAUCGAUCUUUUCGCUGGCGUAGGCGGCAUGAGCCUUGGGCUCGAACAGGCUGGAUUUGACGUAGUUGGUGGGGUCGACAUCGUGCCCCAGCAUUGCUGCGCAUACCGCUACAACUUUCCGCAGGCCAAAACACUGUGUGCUGACAUCUCCAGCCUUACCGGAAAGGAUCUGCUCGCCUUCUUUGGCCUCGAUGGCCACGAUGUCGAUCUACUAGCUGGUGGCACCCCCUGCCAAGGUUUCUCGCUUGUCGGCAAGCGGAUGCUCGACGACACGCGCAACGUACUGGUGAGGGACUACUGCCGUUUGGUUGGUGAAAUCAGACCUCGCUACGCCCUGCUGGAGAACGUCGCAGCCAUGUCCCAAGGCGUCCAGAAGGUGUACCUCCACGAGCUCGUGGCUGAGUUGCGAGGGUUCGGAUAUGCAGUCUUUGAGCCCAUUCAGAUGAUCGAUGCUCAAGACCUGGGAGUUGCCCAACGACGCAAGCGAAUUUUCAUCUUGGCCGCCCGCUCGGAUCAGCUUCUUCCAUUUCCAGUCAAGCUCAGUGCCGCAAGGACAACUGUUGGGCAAGCUCUUAUGGGCCUGCCUGAUGCCGAUCGAUUCACAGAGCUCCUGGUGAGCGAUGAAAUCCGCCUCGAAGGCGAAGAGCUCUCCAGUUACUUGGCACAUCUGCCGCGCAGUGCAGGAGACGACCUCUCGCAACCCAGAAUUUGGGACAGAGAGCUGCUGACCGGAUCGAUGCGAACUCAGAACGAUGACGCAACACUCCUUGCCUUUUCACAAAAGACAGUUGGCACAACAUCAGCGUUUGAUGGUGUCGGCCGCCUUGACGCCAAAGCUGUAGCCCCGACUCUGCUGAGC